AUGAUUAAGGAGUUUGCAGAUAAUACAAAAUUUAGUUGUGCGAUUGAUAGUGAGGAAGAAGGCUGCAGACGGCAAGGAGAUAUCAAUGGACUGGUUAAGUGGGCAGGAAAUGGGCAAAUGGAAUUCAGCCUGGAGAAGUAUGCGGAGAUCACCUGCAAAGCAACAACAGCAGUCUCACAGAGUCCGACUUGCCCAAGAAAUGUGUCUACUGUGGCAGUGCUUAUUUACAUUGGACAGAGUGUCCUACUACAGGCAAGUCGUGUAAAGCUUGUGGAAAACGUUGUGUUGAAAAUGUUAAGAAGACAUGUAGUUCUGCUGGCCUGGAUGCUGGAUGUGCUUUGCCUGGUCUCCUUCACCAGUGGAUUCUCUCAUGGUGCAAGUACCUCUGCCUGUGCUGACAUGAAACCAAAGCACAUCAGUGCUCAUCCACAAGAUCCACGCAGCAGCUUUAUCACCGUAUAUACCGACAAGUCUACCUACCUCCCUGGAGACAAAGUAUUGGUGACUGUGAGGAGCACACGCGACUUCAUGGGCUUCCUGAUGCAGGCUCGCCGAGUGGCUGAUGACCGCGUGGCUGGGACAUUCAUUUUCAUUUCCUCUGGAUCCAAACUACUGAAGUGUUCUGAAGAUGGAGAUACCGUGACCCACUCAGACAAGUCACUGAAAAGAAAUCUCUCCUUUGUUUGGAAAGCACCAGACCAACUCACUGGGGACAUCAAAUUUUUUGUUUCAGCUGUCCAGUCAUACUUUGUUUACUGGGCCAGAAUUGAGUCUGGUCUCAUCUCUGACCAAAAACAGAAUUAUUCCAUAUCGACAAGGAAUGAGGAAUUAAAGGAAACACUCCACGCAUCUGUGUAUAACAGCACCUCAGGAAGAACUGUUCCCAUUACUGAAGUAUCCACAUUAUCAUCUCUGAAGUCAGCAGACUACAUCAACCCUCAAGCAAUUACUCAGAUGACACAGGAAUUUUCACAAACUCCACUCAUCACCAUAGAACAGUACCUCAGACCACAGGCUGCUAAUGUGGAAAGCUAUUUGCCUGAACUGCUCGGAUAUUCUCAAGAGCACAGCCUUGCAACCCAACAACCCAGUAUGGAUCCACAUCAGAAUGAUGGACAUCUACAGCCAUCCCUGAAUUCCAUGAACACAGACACCCUGACUGGAAUCCAGACAACAGAGAGCAGCUCUCUGCUGAAAACCAUAGAGUUCAGGGACACAGAAAGUGAAGAUAUUCUGAAUAGUGAUUUCCACCUAGCCUUUCAACCUUGCCCGAAUUGCAGUGAUAUUGUGCAAGUCAACACCUGGACCACUUCAACUAUGGUCGAUUCAGGAUCUUCAGGAGUUAUUUCUUUGCCAAUAAAAACUGGGCAAGAAUAUUCUACCUUCUGGUUUGCUGACUUCACUUCACCUGAGGUAAUGGACUGGGCACCCAUGGAUGUACAAGAUGCCAAAAACCCAGCAGGGAAAGCAGUCCUGAGCUCUGGGUUAUUUCCAAACCCAGAAGAUGUAAAUCCAACACUGACUGAAAACCAGCUGACAUCACACCAUGCUUCAGCGAACUUCCUGCAAUUGGCAAAAAACUCAGGUUCCAGAGCUGAUUUGGGUAAAGUGGUCAGGAACAUAUCCCUUGGGGUGACACAAACCAUACAGAAGGAAAGUGGCUCAGGCCGAGGAGAUCGUCCAGCUAAAGGAGCAGAGCUGGGCGUUCCUCAAUUAGGAAUCCUGCUGGGUUGUUCUGCUGCUCUUGGCAUGGCACUAGCAGUAGGGUUACGUCAUCUUCUUUCCCAACAUUGCCGAAAACACACAGAAGUAUCCUUUCGGGAUCCAGACAGCAGCAUCAUCAGUGUGGGUGAGAGUGGCGAGCUGGUGCAUGUCAGAAAGAUACGUGAAAACAGCUUUGUGCUUGUCCAGGCUGAAUACAAUGUGAUCACUCCAUCAACUACUCCUGGAAAGUAA